AUGGCGGCGGCGGCGGCGGACGGCGCCGCGGCGGGAAGCAGAGUGCCGGACGCGAGACGGGCUGUGGCCGGUGGGAAACCCGAGCGGCGGUGGGAGACGGGACGGAGGCGCCGCGCGGGGAUGGGUGGAGGCUGCCAGGCUGGAGAGGCGGCGGGAGACUGGCGCGCCGGUGCGGCAGUGCGGCGGUGCCGGAGUGACUUUUUCGAUUUGGCCCUCGGAUUCCUCAGCUGUUCGCAGCCGCAAAAGCUGAGCACCGAGCACGGGAUGACGGGACGGGAUCAGGAUUCUCUGUUGCUGAGUCACCUGACGACACGUAUUCUAGUGUGCUGGAUCGAGAUCGCACAAUGGCCGCCGCGACGGCAGUUGAAGCACCCGUGUACUGUACACGGCGAUGAAGAAAGCCUUGUGGUCGAGGAGCGUGUCCGUCCACCUCGAGGAACCGAGGAAGCCAACCACAACGCCGAGGCGACUCAGGACACUGCCCUGCUCUCACGCCUUCCAUCAAAAGUUCAGAAACUGCAUCUUCUUCGGCUGACUGUCCAUGUCUCUUCCCUCAAACUCUUCUGUGCCAGAUAG